AUGGACAAAACAAAGCAAAAACUUGAAGAUGUUAAUAAACCCACUGAAGAUGAAGAUACAAAGGAGCCUCCUCAGACGGAGGAGUCAACUGGUCUACCUCCCAUACCGGAAGCCUCAGAGGAGGAGCUGAAGUAUCCAGACAAGCAGGAAGAAAAGGCACCGGUGGUAAAGAUCCAGGCUUGGUGGCGGGGAGCCCUGGUGCGCCGGACGCUGCUCCACGCGGCCCUCAGGGCUUGGAUUAUCCAGAGCUGGUGGCGGACGGUGCUGCAGAAACUGAUGGGGAAGAGGCGGCGGGCGAUCCUGAGGACGUUCUCCCGGGAGGAGUGGGCCGCGGUCAAGCUGCAGUCCUGGGCCCGCAUGUGCCACGUCCGCCGGCGCUAUUGCCAGCUGCUGCAGGCCGUCCGUGUCAUCCAGGCCUACUGGCGGUGCCACCACGCCUGCGCGGCUCGCGGUGUCAUCAGGGGUCACUACCGCAUCUCCGCCAGCCAGCUGCAACUGGAGCUGGAGAUCCUGCUGGGCUCGGGGCCUUGUGUUGUGUCGGAGUGUAUUCCCCUCCCCAUAAAGUAG